CCUCCUCUUCCCAAGCCCACUGCCUGUACACCUGCCGCUCCUGUUCUUCUCUUCAGUUCUCCUCUGAAACCAGCCAAGCACAGGGCAAGCAGCAAUCAUGAGCAGCCUGGAGAGUGCCAUGGCCAUCCUGCUCCAUACUUUUGACAAAUAUGCCAACUCUGACGGAGUGAAGGAAACAAUGAGCCAAUCUGAGGUGAAGACGUUGAUAGAGAAAGAGCUUCCUGGGCUGGUCAAGGCAGCAAAGAAUCCUGAUCAGGUGGAAAAGUUUCUGAAAAGUCUGGACAGCAACGGCGACAAUAUGGUCGACUUCAAAGAGUUCAUGGUGCUGGUCGGCUCCUUGACCUGCGUUGCCCACAACCGCUUUAUCAAAUAAAAGGGAUCAUGGCGCCCAGAUCACCUUGGCUGGAGCACGGCAGAAAAAAAAAAAAAAAAAAAGCACUCCUACUUCCUGUUAUUUUGUGCCAAAUAAAAUGAUUUUCUACACAUUAA